AAGUUUCUUUCAUCCAUUCAUACUCCUACAUAUUAGUAUUGUACAUAUAUAGCUUGCUUAAUUAGGUCAACAACUAACACACACAUCUUUCUCACUAAUCAAUCAUUCCUCAUUCACAACAACCCAAGUACUACACUAAAGCUCAGCUUUGCCAUAGCUUCAGAUAUCUUCCCUCUGCUCUGCAACAACUCCCUCUAGACACUGCCCAGGACAGGACCAUCUAUUUUAAGCCACCACCAAAGGUUCAGAGUGUACCACCUCAAAGCUCCAACCUUUAAUCCCCUCCCCGGCCUCGGCCUCUCACCCCCAAAUCUCAAGCCAUCCAUGGCGUCUCCCGCCGGAGUCCUCCUCCUAGCGGCCACGCUGCUGCUCACCACCGCCGCCAUGCUCGCCUCCGCCGCAGACAGCAGCACGACCACCCACCUCCACUUCUUCCUCCACGACAUGGUCUCCGGCAGCAACCCAACCGCCGUCCAAAUCAUCAAAGGCCCGGCCAGUACCUCCGCCUCCGCCUUCCCCGGCAUAGCCUUCGGCGACACGACGGUGGUCGACGACGCCCUAACGGAGACCUCAUCCCCUUCCUCCGCCGCCGUGGGCCGGGCGCAGGGCUACUACAUGAUGUCCUCCCAAUCGGGCCCGGUCCUCAUGAUGUGCGUCAACCUGCUUUUCACCACGGGGGCUUACAACGGGAGCACGCUCGCCGUGCUCGGGAGAGACGACAUCUUGGAGACCACCAGGGAGCUCCCUGUGGUGGGGGGAACAGGGAAGUUCAGGAUGGCGUCUGGGUAUGUGCUCUGGAAGACGAGCAAUUCGAGCGGCCCUGAUGCGACCAUCGAGCUUGAUGUUUAUGUUGCCAUGGCUAAUGGGACUGGUACUAUUGACGCUUCUGCGCCGGUUUCCCCCAUUGAUGGUGGUGGUGGAGCUGGUGGUGGUGCAGCCGGGAAGUCGGCGUCCGGAGCGGCGGCGGCGGCGGCGUAUGGCCGGUGGGUUAGUGCGUUCGUGGUUGCUGUGCUUGUGGCCAUGGUUGGUGGCGUUUGGUGAGCUGAGCAGAGGAGAACAGAGCAGCUGAGCUGCCUGGAGUGGCUGAUCUGCAGUGAGCUGAGUGGAUGAGAUCCGGCAGUAGAGCUCUCAGUGGAUUGGGGAAUCGAUGUUAGCUAGAAUUAUUGGUGGGAGAGAAGCGUGAGACAUACUCCAGUACCCUGCUAGAUCGGUGGGUAGUGAGUGGUGUGUUUGGUGGAUGUUUUCUUUCUUUCUUGUGUGUCUUGUCGUUCGUUGAGAUUGGAUCCUGUCAUUCUGGUGGUGCACACAUGACUACUUGCAUAUGAGACGUUGUUCUUUUCUUGAUGCUACAUCCAUCUGGGAUACUCCUAUAAUGAUAAGUAUAUUACUUACAUGCUGUA